AUGCUAGAUAUUCGAGAUGAACACCAGCCCGAUUCUCGGAGCAGCUUUUUUUAUGACUUGAUACCUACAGCAGCGGAUACUGCUCCAUUGCUUAAUUUGAUCAUUCGCCGACUACCACAAUUGGCUGAUUAUAAGAAAGACAAAGUCCCAAUCUAUCUGGAACUUUCUUUCUCAAAAGCACUGAUCCGAGGGAUUACACACAUGCACUUCUUGGACUUCCUCAUUUCGAAAAGUCUCGAUCGCUUCUUCGCCCAAGCUAUAACACGUCAGUUUCACAUGUUUUUUUCUGAAGCUGCCCGUAUCAUAAUUGAGGAGGAGAAAAGCCUGGCGUCUAUAGCUAUCGCUUGCAGCUUAUGCUGCUCGAACGUUUCACUGCCAUCUUGGGUGCCUGACUGGCCUGCUGGGUGCAUUAACUUUACCCCUUUCAAUUGUACACAACCUAAUAUUUACUCUACAGAUUUUCUUCCUGGUCUUGAAAAUCGCAGGGGGAAGAGUGAUCGCCAGGGACUUGAUAUCUCUAAUCUCGUUAGCUUUUCGGCGAAUGGCAUGGUUUUAUCAGUCACUGGCCUUUCACACGAUGAUUUUAACGAUCAUUCAUUACCAAAUGGUCUCACGGGUUUAGAAGCUGCAUUCCGCCUUUUCGUAGGAUUGCAAGUCAACACCACCCUUGAUUCUUAUCGGAGAGAAGAUAUCGCAAAGUUUAGCUUUAAAACGGCAGCCUUUGCGGCGGUCGUAUCCUUCUUUCUCGGUCAAUAUUCAUGGAGACCCCGAAAAAUGAACCUGGAUCAACUAGCUGCUGGUCAUUCUCGUUCAGAUGUCCUCGAGAGCAUAAUGCAUCUUUCUGGCCGAAUGGCUUGCGAGAUACAGAAUGGGAUCCUAGGAUUUGGACCUCCUGGUACGAUUUCAGGAGACGAAAUGGAUUGUUUAGUACAACAUCCUGAAGAUUUCAUAUUGAGACCAGUUGGAGAUGACUAUCGCGUGAUUGGGGAUGCAAGAAUUGCUCGGGCAGAAGGUUCUUCGUUUCCUGAUGGUGGUUAUGAAAUUAUCGCAAUUCACUGA